AAUUGGCGCGGGAGGAGCGACAGACCCAGCCGAAGGGGCGGGAUAAGAGGAGCAAAAGUGAAUGAGCUCGGCGACGGAAGACGCUGGCGGCGACGAAGCCCCGGAUCUCAGGUGCCAGCUGGACUGCGUCCAGGGCAUGGUCGACGCCCUCUCCUCCGUUCGCUGGAAGCGUCACCAGGAUGCAGUCCUGGAGCUCUCCGAGCACGGCAUUGUCCUCAUUGUCGAGGAGACUGGAUGCCUCCAGGCCAAGGUCUACCUGAAGCGCGAGCUAUUCCUCGUGUAUGAGUACGCUGCAGAGGGGCGGCCGAGGCUCGGCCUGAGCUUGGGCCUUUUUGUCGACUCCCUUAACACCUUCUCGGUUCCUGGGCACAACUCCAUUAUUGAAAUUCUGUAUCCUGGUCCUGAUAUGCAGCUUCUUCUUAAGUCAGUUGGCUCGCUGGAUGCUUGUUUUUAUGCGGAGAUCAGGACAAGAAUCCCAGACACAAUAUCCGGGGACUACAAUUUUCAACAUGCAGGAAAUACUCCUGUCAGCUUUACUGUUAAGUCUGCCGUGCUGAAGGAGGCAAUCGAUGAUCUCGAGUGGCCUGGUUCCAGCAUUCAGAUACUUCUACAACCUGACCCACCUUCAGUCACAUUUAGAGGUGAAGGUCAUGGUGACUUGCAGAUUGAGUUCUUCUACUAUGCAAAUAUCGAUCUUCUGAUUGCAUUUCAGUGUGAUCGUCGCAUAUCAUACAGAUACAAGUACAAAUUUCUUCAUGCGACAACUUCGAACAUCACAACUAGCGUGUUGAAAGAAAAUAGAGGAAGCAAGGUGUCGAUCGGGAGAGGAGGGAUGCUAAAAAUCCAGCACCUUGUUUCGGUUGCAAGAUCAGGAAUGCAACAUGCGUAUAGUGAUGCCGGAGGACUACAUCAGCCUAGUCGGAUUGCUUAUAUCGAGUUCUUUGUGAAGCCGGAGGAGGAUGAGAGCCCUAUAAAUGACUCUUAGGCCUCUGUUGAGUUAAAUUACGACCAGAAAUUAUCUAGAAUUGUCUUAUUCAUUCUUGGCUCCGGUUGAUGUACAAAAGGGUUGGUCAAAAAUUGCAAAUUUGAGGGCAUAUUUGGUGAGGGUAUUUUAAUUUUAUUUUAUUUAAAUGCUGUCAGUUGUUAACGGUGAAAAAACAAGAAUUGAGAACGUCGGUAUUUAGUAUUUAUUUUUAUACAUUUUUCUGGCAAGGAAAUUGGGAACAAAAAUUACGAGUGGAUUUCA